AACCUGGAAACUUGGGCCGUCAGCACCGAACUUUCACCCGCUACCCUUCACUUUUGAUUGUCGCAUUCACUACAAGCAGACGAAUAGCAACAAGUCACUCAGUAGUCAACUAGAAAAACACUAGCAGUUGCUCGACUAUCAUCAUCUACAUUCUUACAAACACAUCAUGCCUGUACUGAAAUUACUCGAUCGACGGCAUGACACAGAUCCCGUCCUUACGGAGUCGUUGGCGGACGCGUUGCGGCCGCACUUACCAGUCCGACUCAGACUUACUUCCAGCUGGACGCUAUUGUACAGCUUAGACCAGCAUGGUAUUAGUCUGUCUACAUUGUAUCAAAAAGUGAAAGGGAAAGGCCCCUGUAUAUUAGCAAUCAAGGAUGACAAUGAUCAGAUAUUUGGAGGAUACCUGAACGAGCCUUUAAAGCCUUCUUCCGCAUACUAUGGUACUGGUGAAUGCUUUUUAUGGCGAGCGACGGAUAUCUCCAAAAAAGAUGGUGCCUCAGUUAGAGUGUAUCCUUGGACGGGAAAGAAUGAUUACAUGGUUUUGAGCGAAACGGACUUCGUAGCAAUCGGUGGAGGAGAUGGCAAAUUCGGACUAUGGCUGCACUCGGACUUGGAACGAGGGCAUACAGAGGAGUGUCCAACCUUUGACAACGAACCAUUAACCAGUUCUCGCAAAUUUGAUUGUGUCGAGCUCGAAAUAUGGGGAUUCAAGCCUUGACAUGCUCAUCUCCUUUACCCAGAUCAAUGGUUUGUUGCGUGUCAAUACGCAUUUUACUUUUUUGAUGAUACCUUCUACAAAUAUAAAAUGAAACAAAGAAUGUUUGCUUGGCUCUAAAUGUGCUUUUUGUA